ACACCAAAAAAAAAGAUGGAGGAACCGAGCCUCACUGAGCUGCCAGAUGAUUUGAUCUUGAAGAUAUUCUCAUUGCUUCCGUUUCUCAAAGAGAGCGUUGCAACAAAUCUCUUAACAAAACGUUGGGAGGAUCUCAUGUUUGAUGAUAAUGAUAAAUCAUAUGAGAGUUUAGUGAAAUUUACGAGUUUUGUUUACGGAUCUUUGGCGUUCAAUAAGUCUCAAAUUCUAGACAUCAAGCUUAGCCGGGAAUAUUCAGCUUCAGACAUCAACUUUUUGGUAAAACUUGCGGUUAAGCGGUCAGUGAGAAGGCUGAGGAUCCAGACGUCUAAAGUUAUUGAUGCUCAAUCAAGUAAGGAUCAAGGUUGUUCCUCCUUGCUUUCGUUUCCCAUCACUCAAGAGUCUGUACCUCUUCUCGGUCAAGUUCUCAGCCUACGAGUCUCUUGAAAUUUUUUUAAAAUCGUGCCCGGAUCUUGAAUGCUUGGUUGUAAAGAACGUGUUGUUCAAGACUGUUCUGCCUUGG